AUGGUCAACAAUGCAAAAGCGUUUCCUGUCACAGCAAACCUUACUGUCCGCACAGCUCCUUCUUUGAGUGCUAAAAAAGUUCGUACUGUUCCUAUCGGUUCACAUGUUGAUAUAGUUUGCCAAACCACUGGUGACACUGUUCAGGGCAUCAACAUCUGGGAUAAGUUGAUUGAUGGAAACUUUGUCUCCGAUGUUUUCGUCAAAACUGGCACUUCUGGUUUUUCUCCGGACCUUCCACGUUGUAAAAACACUUCAUCUUCCAAUAUUGAAAAUUUUUACAAUGAUCCUGUGGGUAUCAAAACCAUUGGUUAUGGUCAUGCUUGCCAUGUCAACAAUGUUGAUGACAUCAAACCACCCAUAACUAUUGCCCAAGGCGAAGCUUUACUUAGGAAAGAUUUAGUUACGUUCGAAAAGGGUAUUAGCUCACUCACCAAUGUCAGUCUCACUUCCAAUCAGUUCUCCGCUUUGGUUUCAUUUGCCUUCAAUCUUGGCUGUAAUACCUAUAAAAAAUCUACAUUACGCAAGAAAAUUAAUGAAAGUGACAUUGAGGGCGCUUCCCUUGAGUUUGGAAAGUAUAUUUAUGGUGGUGGAAAGAUAUUACCCGGUCUGGUGAGACGCCGUGAAGCUGAGAGAGCAUUGUUCUGUAAGGAUAAUUAA